AUGUGCCCAGGCUGUAAAGCUAAACAGCCACGAGCGGACAACUCGCAAACGCCUGUUAAAGGCAUAGAGAUCUGCCCCUCGCCGCCGGCUGAUGCAGGGAUACAGGUGGUCGAGCGGUCUAUGGCAGAGCAAAAAGAAGUAUGUGUUCUGGAAACAGCUAGCACACCAUCCUCAAGCGCUACGUGCGUUGAGGAAACAGUAGAGGUCAGCCUUGCUAUGGAGAUCCGCUGCCUCCGCGGCGAAGUCAGCGCACUGAGACAUGAAGUGCGCGAGUUUCGAGCUGAACUGAUGGGCAGAGUUGACGCCCUGGAAGAUCGAGUUGCCAUAGUAGAAAACAAGUACGAGCAGUCGGUUUCCCCUCGGCUUACGGAGCUGGAGACUACUGUUGGGGACCUAAAGUUGCAGCUUAAUGAGCGGGACCAGGAAACACUGCUUAAUGAUGUCCAGGUGUCUGGUGUUACCGAGACGAAGGGAGAAAACCCAAGCCAGUUGCUGAGCAUCCUUGCAGUUAAGCUGGGAGUGCAACUCGAUGAGCGGGACGUGGUGUUCGUCAGGCGCGUGGGUAAUGUGCUGCGAAACCGCACUGAAGAAGAGGGAGCCACUGCUGCCCGCCCGCGGGUUAUUGUUGCCCGAUUCGCCAGGCGCGUGACACGCGACAGUAUUCUGAGCGCAGCGCGAGUACGCCGUAACCUGUGCACGCAAGACAUCCAAGUGCCCGGGGAAUCUCGACGCAUCUACAUAAACGAGCGCCUGACCAAAACUAACAGGCAACUGUUCUCUCUGACGCGUCAGGCAGCGGCACGUUAUGGUUGGAAAUAUGCGUGGACCAGGGAUGGACGGAUACUAGCACGCAAAAACGAGGGUGAGCCUGUGGUGCAACUGAAAGUGGAGGCGGAUGUUGACCGAUUUUUUACACAAAAAUAA